GUGCUAAUAAUAUUUAAAAAUUACAAUAAAUAGUUAAUUUAUAAUAAAAAAAGAAAACAAAAAAAAAAUUAAUUAGAAAAUUUGAUUAAAACAAAAUAUGAACUAUAAUAUUAUUUGUAUAAUUCUUAUAAUAAAAUACAUACGUUGCUGUUACGCCCUAACCGUAACUACAGGUCAUUGUUAUCGUAAUGUUACGGUAAAAUAUCAAGUGCCCAUAACAAAAACUCGCCUUAAAUUGGACUCUCAGUUAAUUGAGUAUUAUGUGGAAUUUGAGGAUCGUAUACGCAUUGAUUCAUUGCGCAUGUGUUGUCCCGGCUAUCGUACCAUAAUCUUUGGUUUAUGUGAACCCAUCUGUACCGAGUUGUGUCCGGCCAACAGUUAUUGUGGUGAACCGGAGAAAUGUCUAUGUCUGCGUGGCUACGAGGAGUCACACAAUCAUCAUGUACGUUCUAUAACCAGCAAACAACCCCGACAACUGAGAUGUCGUCCCAUAUGUACGGGUGGUUGUCCUCAUCAUAGUCAAUGUGUGGGCCAUAAUAAGUGUGUUUGUCGUGCUGGUUACAAGGAUACCAGCAGUUGGUUUAACACCUUACGCUGUGAACGUAUACAGUGUCCCUUGGAUCAGGUGUAUGAUGUGGUCCAGCAUAAAUGUGUUAAAGUUGAUAUGAAUUUGGAGGAACUAAUGCAGCAGGUGGGUCAAAAAUUGACUAAAGGUUUUAACAUACUGGACUAUGAUGAGGAUGGUGAUGUCAACGAAGAAGAUAAUGAGACUUCAAGUUUUAUGGGCUCGAGAGAAGACUGAUUUUUAAGUUCUUUUUAGAAAUUAAUUUUAUACUCUAAAUUUUGUAUUAAUUAAAUUAGUGUUAGUAUUAUAGUAUAUGAGCUAGGGUGACAAUGAUAUGUGUGAUAAUUGUAAAAAGACAGAAGAAAAAAAAUUAAAAAAAUAAAAAAUAAAUUUAAAGUGUUUUUAAAAUUUAUAAAGCUA